AUGAGGAUAUUGGUCACAGGAACCCCUGGGGUUGGGAAGACGACCCUUGCUAAGCGCUUCUUGGAGCUCCAUCCAGAUUAUAGAUAUGUCAAUGUAAGCGAUCUUGUCCACAGCUCUGGACUAAUAGAGAGCUACGACGAAGUCUUCAACUCCGUAGUUCCGGAUGAGGAGCGGCUUCUGGACACUCUUGAGGUACUCAUCCAGAGGAAUAAGAACAUCCUGGUGGACCACCAUUCCUGCGAACGCUUCCCGAUUCGCUGGUUUGACAUCGUCGUUCUUCUGCGUCUAGGCACUGAGGAACUGUAUGAUCGACUGGUUUUGCGUGGGUAUUCAUCGAAAAAGAUCCUAGAAAACAUCGAGGCCGAGAUAAUGGGGGUUGCAGAGGACGCAGUCGCAGAUUUCGACCAGCGGCGAGUUAUAACUUUCACUCACAAGACUGAAGAUGAUAUGCGUCACGUUCUUGCACGCAUAGAAGAAAGGCUUCAUCAGACUCCCCGGUCUGUUAGACUGAAGGGAUCCAAGACAAGGCUCUGUGUGUGCCGACCACAAAGAUGCUAUGCGUGGACAUGGCAUGGAUCUAUCUCCUCUUUCUGCAAGGCCUAUCGUAACUCACUCCGUUUCCGGUCCUCAGGAGGGGAAAGGAAAAAAUAA